GUGUAAAGCGAGAGUUUUGUGCAAACCACGAGGACGAAAUACUUUAUAAAAACAUAAGUAUCCUUAGAGUCUUUUAUUAAUGACAGUCGACCCUCAACAAUGGCUCGACACUAUCUUAUCGGGAAAGUAUCUUGCUGAAUCCCAAAUCAAGAUGUUAUGCGAUGUAGUACUAGGAUUACUGGUAGAGGAAUCAAAUAUACAACCCGUAUCAAGCCCUGUCACCGUUUGCGGAGAUAUACACGGUCAGUUUUGGGAUUUACUGGAGCUUCUGCGGGUCGGUGGUGAUUGCAGGGAUACCAACUACAUUUUCAUGGGUGACUUUGUUGAUAGGGGUCAUCAAAGUUUAGAGAGUUUUACCCUCCUUAUGGCCCUCAAAGCCAGGUAUCCUGAUAGGAUAACUCUACUGCGUGGUAAUCAUGAAUCUAGGCAGAUCACUCAGGUAUACGGAUUUUAUGACGAAUGUCAACAAAAGUAUGGCAAUGCAAGUGUAUGGAAAGCAUGCUGUCAAGUCUUCGACUAUCUCAAUUUAGCUGCUAUCAUUGAUGGUAAAAUCUUAUGUGUUCAUGGAGGUUUGUCACCAGACGUACGAACUCUAGAUCAAAUUCGCGUAAUUGCACGAGCUCAAGAGAUACCUCAUGAUGGACCGUUUUGUGACCUCAUGUGGUCGGAUCCUGACGAUGUAGAACAUUGGAGCAUAAGUCCCAGAGGGGCUGGCUGGCUAUUUGGUAGCAAAGUUACAAAAGAAUUUAAUCACAUAAAUGGUUUAGACAUGAUCGCCCGUGCUCAUCAGCUUAUUCAAGAGGGCUUCAAAUUCAUGUUUCCGGACAAUGACCUUGUGACUGUCUGGUCAGCACCUAAUUACUGUUAUAGAUGCGGAAACGUUGCCAGCGUUCUUAAAGUGAAAGAGAAUGAACCUGUCACAGAAAACAAUUUUGCAAUUUUUGAUGCAGUAGCAGAUCAGGACAGAGGUGCUGUUGCGAGAGUCGCUCCUUCUCAAUACUUCUUGUAAAUUCUGUUGUAAAUUAUGCGAUAACUAUUCAUGUUUAUUCUAAUAACAUAAUUGUUUAUUCUAGAAUGUGUGAAUGGGGCUUCGGCCAAUGGGCGAUUGAAAUGUUGAAAGAUGACGUCACUCUCAUGCAUAAAGACAAAGACAAGGAGUUUUUAAGUUUUUAAGUUACGUCCUUAAAAACAAAACCGAGUUUCUUUUCGCUCUUGACUAGUUUCUUCCAUCAACGAUGUUUAUCAAAGCCCUCGCAAAGUUCACGGCAUUAUGUGCAUCCAACUCAACCAAAGGUAAGUAUAACGAUGAACUUAUCGCCAUACAAUUAUAACUUAUAGUAAUAGCUUUGGCAAAUCUUGCACCCUUUGGAAGUCUCUUUGGCUCUUCACCUGAGCUACUCAAGCGCACACUCUUCACCACAGCUACCCAGUUGAGAGAGCGUGAACGUAAGCAAAUUUCAAACCUGCUUAGAUACUUUUAACAUCAUAUUUAGGUGACCCAGCACUCCAGCCACCUGCAAAGCCCAAGUCACCUUAUCUACGUUUUAUGCACCAUCUCAUCCAGAAAGAGAAAAGAGGCAAGCCACUACUCAAGAUUGAUACUAUCAAGUUCGGUCAACAAGUUGCUGCGCCUUCAUGGGAAAGCCUUUUUGAAAGUGACAAGAAAGUGAGUAUUUGUUGUCGAAGAUGAUGUCUGCUAAUUGAGCGUAGCCCUUCGAGCAAGCUUAUCAGCACGACUACAAGCUUUAUAAGCCAAAGGAGAGAGAUUGGUGGAUGUCUAAGACCCAUUCCGAUAUCAGUCUCAUCAAUGAGGAGCGUCGCUUGUAUGGUAUGAAGCCUCUUUCAUUUCCAAAAGAAUACAUGAAAGAAAUUCGUGAAAAUGAACGUCAAGCUCGUCAAGCUGAGAAGUCUCUCAAGCCAAAGGGCAUUGCCAACAGCCGCAUCCGAUUCAUGAAGGAAGUCAUUCCAUCACUUUCACGUGAGCUUGGUAAUUCCCAAGAAGCAAUGAAAGCUGCAUCUAAACAAUGGAAUGAGCUUACUGAUGAUGAGAAAGAGCCAUACCAACAAGCUUAUCUCAAAGAGAGAGUAGAAAAGGAACUCUUGAAGAAGUAAACCAAUGAUUUUGCUUUAAGUGAUUAUCAAAUCAUUGAGAAUUAUAUCUACUUUGCUGUUUGUGAUAUCUUUGAACUUUAAUUGUUCUUGUUAUAUAUCAUGUAUAUCUAUUAAUAUUUAUAUUUAUAUUAAUUCAUCCAAAAAAUUUUGAUCAGACCUUGUGUCUAUGGUGCUUAUAUUCACGGGCUGAUUAUCGCGUUCGAUAGCGACUGUUUCACUUUUAACGCGAUGCGCUGUUUUUGUUGGUGAGCUACUUUUUGGUUCGCCCACACUUUCAAAGAAAUCGUUGUCUUCUAAAUGAUUCACGUCUCUCCUUGACGAUUCGUAUCGCUGGAUGUAUUGUCUACCUGAAUCACCUCUCAGACGAGAUUUAAGAUCUUUAAGGAUGUCAAAAGAUGUAAAAGAUUGCUGUUACUCACUCCAUGAUGCUUCUGCCUUCAUCCUAUCGUUACGCAUCUCCUCCAAUGCUUUUGAACUCUCUGAAUCAAUAGGAAGUAAUUGGGGUUCUUUCUUCU